AUGGCGCAGGCGGCGCCGGAGCGAUGGUUCAUCCUUGGCCGCGUCGUCCCCGAGCGGCACGGCGCCAAUGCCUUGGUUGACCCUAGCCUUGGCCUCAAGCUACCGCUCGACAGCCCGCCGCCGCGCAUCACCAGGCUCACCGCGCUCACCAGGGACGACGUCGUCCGCGGCGAGCUCUCCAUCGUCGCCACCUGCCACAAGGACCUCCUCCUCCACGAGCUCGAGAGGCCCUCCGAGCCCAACACCCCGAACAUCUUCUUCCUGGCGCUCGACGCCGGCAACGACUUCAUGCCUGAUGAGCGGGCCGCCGCCGCCGGACGCAGCGUGUUCGACGUCACCGCCACGCGCCUCCUCAACCGCACCCCCGGAUUGCCCGACUUCUCCGGCGUCAGGAACGUCGGCUUCCUCAGCAUCCGCGGCGGCAACGGCAAGAACGUGGUCGCGGAGCUCCAGGCCAACAAUCGCGAAGAAGCGGACAACACCGUCCCCUUCAUCACCUGCCGCACUCGCCGGGACCCGGAGAACGACGACAAGUUGGAGUGGGAGUGGAACCAGGCGUAUCUCAACUGGCCCGUCGUCGACGACGAGGCCAACCCGCACUGGACUACCCACGACGUGAUCGCCCACGACGAGAAGCUCUGGUGGGUCAACCUCUCGCGGGGCCUCGUCGCCUGCGACCCGGCCCCGGUCAAAGACCUACAGCCGAAGCUGGAGUUCGUGGCGCUCCCGGUCCUCGCCGGGUUCGAGGACAGGCACGAGCCGCCGGCGCACAUCGACAGGUACCGCAUCGUGGGUGUGAGCGCCGGCGGGAUGCGGUUCGUGGACGUCGCUCGCAGGCGCAACGAUCCCGAGGGAGAGACGCGGGUGGUCGUCUGGACGCUGGACUUGCCGGAGUCGAUCAUCGACGCCAGGUGGGAGGACAACCCCAGGCAGACGACGCUGGCGAACAUCUGGAACAACAGCGCCAACUACGCGCAGAUGCCGAGGGAUGUGGUCCCCGUGGUCGCGCUUGUGCACCCCCACGAGCCCGCCGUCGUCUACUUCUUCCUGGAGCAGUACGUCUUCUCCGUCGACGUGAACCAAAGCGCCGUCGUGCACUUCGCGGUGAUGCCGGACCAGCAGGACGGCGUGCCACGGCCGAUCAACCAGCGAGACGUUCUCGCUUGGAAGCGCCCUUCCUUCAAAACGGAACCGUUACAGGUCGUAUACCAGAAAACGGAACUAGCCCAGGGCGACAGCACGGAUGAGGAUCCAGCUUAAGGAUGAAAUCCCCAUUCACGGGCGUGACCAAGUGUGAAGGCCGUGCGCAAAUUUGCCUCAAAAAGGAAAAGGUCGUGGGCAAAGCCUUUGUUGUUGUUUCCUGUUUUGGCUGUGAUCAGACAAGAGUGUAGACAGGGAUUCAAGUCUUUUCUGGUCACAAACUAUACAAUUCUAACUGUCAGAAACUAACUAUACAAUUUUGUUACCUCUAUCCAUGCUGUCUAAUCCUCUCAGAAGUAUUGUAUUCAUUACUUCUCUCAGAAGUAUUGUAUUCAGUUUUAAUUGUUGACGCUUUAUCAGCUGCUGGAUAUACUUGUAUGGUUUCAGAGCUUGUUGGAUAUAUUCAUAUAAAAGGUGUUGAUGUUGUCCAUAUGAUUGAA